AUGGCAAUACAUACGGAUAAGACCAAAGUUAUGCUCAUUGGAACACAAAAGAGACUUUCAAACAUCUCCGAACCUCUUAACAUAUCCAUCUGUGGGACUACUAUCUCCCAAUCAUCUUGCGAAAAGCUUCUAGGGGUACACAUGGAUGAGACUCUAAGUUGGAACAAACAUAUUUCCACCGUUGUGAAGAAAUACAACGUCAAACUAGAACUUGUUAAAAGAGCCAAACCCUACUUAACGCCUGAUCUUUUACUUUUCCUCCACAACAGUUUAGCAAAGCCAACACUUGAAUAUUGUUGCAGUGUAUGGGGAUCCUGUUCCAAAGAUGCACUUGACCAUUUAGCUUCUGCCCAAAAACGAGCUGCCAGGAUUAUUUUGAACGCAGACUUCACUACUCCAUCCCUAAGCCUAUUCAAACAACGUACUUUUAAAGUAUAA